AUGGCCACCCGCCGAAUCAUCUCCCAAGAGAAGACCCUCCUCGAGAAGGAUGACAGCAUUGGCUCCAGCCCAGCAGCAGAUGAGAAAUCCAAUAUUGCCCCGGCGGUCCCGACGUCCGUCAUCAUGAAACUGCUCGCCUUCACCCUCGGCAUGAUUGUGAUACCCAUCGGGUCAUACUUCGCCACAGUCGACUCAGUCUUCAACGGUAACUCAACCUACGCGGGUGCUCUCGCGGCCAUCAUGGCCAAUGUGGUGCUCAUAGGCUACAUUUUCGUGGCCAUGGCCGAGGAUCAGAGUGACCAGCAAGAAGGGGGAGGCCCAGGAGAUGGGAAGAAGGACCGGUGA